AUGGAUCCCAACGCCCCGACGACCACCUUGCCUUACACCUGCAACACCUGCCUGGUGGCCUUCCGCGGCAGCGAUGCCCAGCGGGACCACAUGCGCAAAGAUUGGCAUUUGUACAACAUGAAACGCCGGAUUGCCUCUCUCCCGCCUGUGUCGCAGGAAACCUUCAACGAGAAGGUCCUCGCCGCCAAGGCCUCCACGACUGCCGCCGCCGCCAAGGCGUCCUACGAGAAGACCUGCGUCGCCUGCCAGAAGACAUUCUACAGCGAGAACUCGUACCAGAACCACAUCAAGAGCUCCAAGCACAGGGCCCGCGAGGCACGCAUGCUCAGAGACGGCGCGGACGAUGCCUCGUCCGUCAUGAGCUCGACGUUCUCCCUCGGGGAGCCCAUUAACAAGCCGCGGGAGCAGACGGAGGUGUCCAAGGUCACGGAGCAGAUGAAGAACGCCACGAUCGACGAGGAGGACGAGGACGAGGAGGUCACGGAGGCGGAUGGAUUCUCGUCCUCGCGCUGUCUGUUCUGUGCCGAAAAGUCCGCCAGUCUGCAGGACAACACCGAGCACAUGUUCAAGACCCACGGCAUGUUUAUCCCCGAGCGAGACUACCUCGUCGAUCUGGAGGGUCUCAUUCACUACCUGUGGCGCAAGAUCAACGAGAACAGCGAGUGUCUUUACUGUCAUGCCAUUCGGAACAACCCGGCGGGUGCCCGCACCCACAUGCGCGACAAGGGCCAUUGCAUGAUCGCGUUCGAGUCGGAAGACGAGCAGGUCGAGAUCGGUCAGUACUACGACUUCCGGAGCACCUACUCCGACAACGAGGACGCCAUGUCCACCGCCAGCGAGACGGCUGAGGACGGGGGUGUGAAGGUGGAUGGCGAAGAGGACGAGGGCUGGGAGACGGAGACGUCGGCUUCUUCUGUUGACGACGACGAAAUCGACGACACCAAGGGCGGCUCGGCGGUCUACAGAACCGAGUACGAGCUGCAUCUCCCGUCCGGCCGUAGCGUCGGCCACCGCUCUCUCGCCCGGUACUACCGCCAGAACCUGCACAACUACCCCACCGCUGAGGAACGCAUCGCACGCCAGCUGGCGAUCGAGAACGGCGAGAUCGAGGAGGAGGAGAAGCCCCGCGGCCGCAACCAGAACCGCGCCGUCAUCAGCCGUGCCAACGGUGGCUCCGGCAUGGUCGGUGCUACUGACAGUCAGAAGCGGGAAGCCUUGACAAACGAGCGCAAGGAGCGUACUCGUGCUAUCCGACAAGAGCUGAGAUACACCGCUCGGGUCAACCGGGCGGCCAACAACCAGAAACACUACCGGGAUCCUCUCCUGCAAUGA